ACUGCCCAAGGAAAAACUGACAACGAGUAUUUAUGAAACAGCGAAAGCAUAACUCAGGGACUUAGAUGGUUACAAGCUAUUCGAAUGAUAUACACAAAACAAAAUUAAGGUAUGCUGCCUCCAAUGCAGUAAUGACUCCUCCAAGCUCAGAUGUCAAUCAUUCAGAGGGAAGGCCUGCACUUAAAAGGCAGAAAUCAGUGACAUCGCCAGCUGUAGCCCCACCAGGAUAUGUUGUGAUCCAACCUUACGAUGCCACUUACAAGAACUUUCCCUCAAAGAGAAAGGAGACGUCUUAUCACUACAGGGGAAGAACCAUCUCAUCUCCUGAGGGGUCCAUGGAGCUACUGAGGAAGUGCAUGCAGAAACACAUCAACAACACCCUGGUAGAGGCUAUCAAACCUUACAAAGAGCUUUUCGAAAAAGGAGCCCAGAAUUGCAGAGACAACUGUGGGGAGGAGGUGGACCCUGAUAGGUUGGUUCGCACUGCGAUCAGGCACUCACUGGAACAGUGUGGUAAGGAGAUGUACGGCCCUCUGGAUGUAUCCCUUGGGAGCAGCAGUGCCAGCAUGUUUAGGAAAGCUAAAAGGUCCCUGUCGAGUAGUGACGGUGGUGCGCCGGUGAACCAAGUAGUCAGGUUCAAAAGGCGAAAAGGCAGACCUCGUAUCUAUAAGCCGGUGUUCAGUGAAAGGUCUUACGGAUCUAGAUCUGUGAAGCAGGAGCCUGUCAGAAAAGAAGGACCAAAGUGGGAUCCAGAAAGACUGACCACAGAAACUAAGUUCAUCAUGGGGUCUCGGGCAAACAGAGCCAUGGGUCUUGGUGCCACAAGAGGGAGACUGUACUACAAGCAUCCAGACUUAUUCAAGUAUUCCAGCGACACAGAAGACAAGCAGUGGUUAUUUGAACGUCGACACAUGCCAGCAACCGGAGGAAAAGUGGUAGGUAGACAAAUUGGAAAAUAUUUGUUUUCAUCUAUGUAAAUUUAAAA